AAGCUAACUUGAAACCGGUUACAAUUCAACAGACUCGCAAGCCCAACAAAAUGCCCAGCAGUGGAGACGGAGAUGUGGUGCUUGUCACAGGAGGAAGUGGAUUUUUGGGUCAACAUAUUAUUAAACAGCUGCUGGAAAAACGUGAGGAACUUGGCAUCAGAGAGAUACGCUCCCUUGAUAUUGUGCCCUAUAAGAACAAUAUUGGUCACAUCGACUCGCCCAUUUUGCGAACCUUUGUGGCCGACAUAAGCGGCGAGCGAGAGAGUCUGGAAAGCAUAUUUGCCGGAGUCGAUGGCGUUUUCCAUUGCGCUGCAUCGGUGAAAAUUGAAUAUCCACCCAACUAUGAGGAACUGGAGCGUGUGAAUGUAAACGGCACCCGUGCCGUUGUCGACUUGUGUGUGCUGAAUAAUGUUAAGCGUCUGGUCUAUUCGAGUUGCGCAUCGGUGUGCUUUGUGCCGUUCAAGGGUCGCAGCACCUUCUCGGCGAUCAUCAAUUCCACAGAGUCCAAAACGGACACACCUACCCUGGAGGGCAGCAAUCUGUUGGAGCAAGACAAACAGUUUCUUAUCGCUGGCUAUGCGGCCAGCAAACUGCGGGCUGAGAACAUUGUGUUGAACUCGAACGGUGCACCACUGGACAACCAACGAGACUACUUGGCCACCAGCGCCAUUCGCGCACCUCUCACCUAUGGGGAGUGCGAUUCGCAUUUCAUCACCGACAUCUUCUCUUAUUUAUCGAAACGCGACUGGGUUUUUCCACGCAUCGCCGGCGUCGGCGGAAAGCAGCAGCUGGUCUAUGCAGGCAAUGUGGCUUGGGGCCACAUUUGCGCCUAUAAGGCACUCAAGGUCUCCACAAAGGCUGUGAAUGGGCUGCCAGUUUUUGUCACCGACGAUACUGGCAUCAACGAUGUAUCGCGCUUUGUGCAGAAAAUGGCGUUGUUGGGUAAUCGGUUUAAGGUCAAAACGAGCUGGUGGUAUUUGCCGCAUUUCUUCUUCUUCUUUUUGGCCUACCUCUUGGAGCUUCUGGUUGGCCUCGCCUUCCCAUACACCAAUUACCGCUUGCCCUACUCCUUGCGCGCCAUUGCCUCGUUCACAUCCUCUAUGCUGAUGUACAAUCGCCUACGCGCCUCGAUUCAUAUGGACUAUGUGCCGUUGUACGAUGCGGACUUGAGUGCCGAGAGGAGCGCCAAGUGGUAUGCCAAAUGGUGGGACGAGCAAAAAGAGGCUCGCCAAAGGGGCCAAAAGAAGUCGAGUUGAGCUCAGGAAUAGGCAAG